CCGUCAGUCAUAUUAGUAAUGACGAUAAAAAGACAUAUUUGCUUUGAGUCAAUUUUUUAGUUUAGCUGAAGAGAAGUAAUCUUAUCUGGUCGGCGUGUUACCGGUGUUCAGUGAGGGAGUACCCACGGGCGUCACCACUAGGCUCCGGGCUCUCACGCUCCAUAGUCACAUUAUUCAAGUAUGGGACAUUCUUACACUGCUAUAUAGAUUGACGUUUAUAAAUGGAUAAUUCCACUUCUGGUUAAGUGAAGUUCCGUCUAGAGAAGUGUUAGCUAGUGUCUGGUGACCGAGGAGUACCAGUCCAGGAAAGGCCACUCCACGCCGCCUUGCUCAUCACAUUUAAGGAAGUGUCCCGCCACCCUGCAGAUUAACCGUCAUCAUGCCGAAAACUAUGAGCGUGCGAAUCACCACCAUGGACGCGGAGCUGGAGUUCGCCAUCAAGCCCACGACAACGGGCAAGCAGCUCUUCGACCAGGUAGUGCGCACCAUCGGUCUCCGUGAGAUCUGGUUCUUCGGCCUCCAGUUUACGGACAGCAAAGGUUUCACCACCUGGCUCGUUCUCACCAAGAAGGUCUUGCAGCAAGUGGGCAAAGUGCAUGAAACGCCUCUACAGUUUAAGUUUCGUGCCAAGUUUUACCCUGAGGACGUUACUGAAGAGAUCAUUCAAGAAAUCACACUGCGAAUGUUUUACUUGCAAGUUAAAAAUGCCAUCUUAAGUGAUGAAAUCUACUGCCCACCUGAUGCUGCCGUACUGAUGUCUUCCUAUGCCGUGCAAGCCAAGUAUGGGGACUACUCACCGGAGUACCACAAGCCGGGCUUCCUGGCCAAUGAUCGGCUGCUGCCUCAGCGAGUAAUGGAUCAGUUCAAACUGAAACGUGAAGAGUGGGAGGAGAAGAUCACCAAUUGGUACAAGGAGCACCAUGGAAUGCUGAGAGAUGAAGCCAUGAUGGAAUACUUGAAAUUAGCUCAGGACACCGAGAUGUAUGGUGUUAACUUCUUUGACAUUAAGAACAAGAAAGGCACAGAACUCACUUUAGGAAUUGAUGCACUUGGAAUCAAUAUCUAUGAGAAAGAUGACAGAUUAACUCCUAAGAUUGGGUUCCCUUGGUCUGAGAUUCGCAACAUCAAGUUCCACAAUGUAAAAUUUCUCAUCAAACCUAUUGAAAAGAAAUCUCCAGAUUUUAUUUUCUUGGCAUCACAUGUGAGAGUGAACAAGACCAUUCUGCAGCUGUGCAUGGGCAACCACGACCUGUACGUCAGGCGUCGCAAGGCUGACUCCAUUGACGUGCAACAGAUGAAGAUUCAGGCUCGUGAGGAGAAAACUGCCAAGAAAAAUGCGUCCAUAAAGCUUGCCCGUGAGAUGACCUUACGCGAAGAGGCAGAAAAAAGGCAGAAAGAAUAUGAAGAACGCCUUGAAGAGAUGCGUAGAGAAAUGGAAAAACGUCAGAAAGAACUUCACGAAGCCCAGCACACAAUACACCGCCUGGAGGACCAGCUUACAGAACUACAAGCUGCCAAAAAUGAACUGGAGCAUAAUCAACAGGAGUUAAAACACAUGAUGCAACACUUAGAAGAAGCCAAAGAGAUGGAAGCUGGAGAAAAGGCAAGGCUAGAAGAGGAAAUACGCGCCAAGCAAGAAGAGGUUCAGCGUAUUCAAGAAGAGGUUAAUAUUAAAGAUGAAGAAACCAGGAAGCUCCAGGCUGAAGUGGAAGAAGCACGCCGCAAAGAGGAAGAAGCAACACUAGCUCUUCUGACUGCCUCUACUGCACGCAGAGUCUCCAGGCAGUCAUCUUCCUCAUCGUCCGAGAGUGAAGAUGAAGAGAAAAGCAAUGAUUUCAGAAGAAUGGAAGCCCCAAUGCAGCAGAGUUCAUACAAUGGAGAUAUAUUUGAUUAUGAAAGGAAAGAUAAAAGUCCAACCAGCACCAAUACAUCUAGGAGUGCAACUCCAAGUGUUACAUCCCAUGCUAUGGAAACAAUUAGUGUGAACUCUGAAAUCUUGGAACCAAAACAAGACACUUCUGCAGUUAGAAGAAUGAAAUUACUUGAGGAAGUGAAGCGGUCUUUGGCACUAGACCGAAUGCCUGAUGAAAUGACAAACUUGGACAAAAUUUACAACAGAAACAUCAAUGACGGUAAUACCAAGUACAAGACACUGCGGGAGGUGCGCAAAGGAAAUACCAAACGAAGGGUUGAUCAAUUUGAGAACUGGUAGAGCAGAUGCUGAGUAGGAAGCAUUUUAUAUUAAUAAUUUUGUUUUAUUGUAUUUGCAGUUUUAUUUUAGCAUAUCUGUGCUAUAAUGCAUCAAAAUACACAUUAUUCCUAUUAUGUUAUAUUAUGGCCUAAGUUAUAACUGCACAAUGUAAUCUUUUGAAAACUUCUAAUAAAUAAAUAUACAGUACCUUUUUUUUAAAUUAAGAUACAGUAUGUUUACUGAAUACACAGAUGAUAUGUCUAUUCAGUAAAAAUACUGUGCAGUAUGAUUAAGGGAUAUACUUUAAAUCAACUGUGAAGUCUUUUGGAAGAGUAACCUCUUUUCUUAACAACUAUGAAAUAUCAACUUUACAACUGUGAAAAUAAUUUUUGAUUUUCAGUAUUAUCAUCCUUGUGUUGUUGCAAGCCAGCAAUAAAAUAUAAUUGGAGUACUGUAUCAAGUUAUUAAAAUCAGUGUAAUGUAAGAUGAUUUGUAAAAAUGCAACUGGAUUUGUGUGUGUAGUUCCUGAAAAUAAUCCAGGAGUCAUUGUAGUGCUACAUAUGCUUUCUUAUCUGCAAUCCAAAUCACUAAACUAAAUAAAUUAGGUUUUAACCUUAAGUGAGCUGUCACGUGGGACAUCUCGUCUCUUCUGAGAUAAUGUUCUAGUAGAGUACAGUAGUUUUAAAAUAUAAUAGGUUUCUAUAAAUAGGAAAUCAGCCUAAAAUGAGUGAAAAUGAACACAUUCAUUAUAUUAUACAGUACCAGCAUACUCUUAUCACUACACUUCACUGAAAUGUAUCUUUCAGUAUAUUAAUGAAACAAACAGUUACAGCACAUUCAAAAAAGAAUUCUACUCUAUUUUUUUUAAAUAAAAUUCAAAUUUUUCAUACAUUUAAGUACAGUAUAUGGUAUUUGGAAAGUAGCCUAACAAUCAAUUAACGAAGUAGGAUGCCUUAGCUAAUACUUCUUCCUAAUGGAAUUAAAAUUUAUAAAAUACAAAUUAUAAUUGUCACAAUUAAAAAAAUAAUUAAAGAAUGAAUCUUG